AUGAGGUUACGCGACGCCUUCCUCGUUGCGGCUAUUCCAAGUGCGACAGCCUUGCAGCAGCGCCUGGUUGCGCACUCGUCUGGAGCUGUUACACCCAGCUUAAACGCAACCGAUUUUGCCGAGACUAUUACCAAAGCUCCACCACCCCUCAACUCAGUCGUGCCCAACAAGCCCGCAGUCGAGGCCUCCAUCAUGGGGCUAAUAGUGUUUUCAGCCGCUGGGCUCGUUUUAUUAUGA